AUGGCAGGAAACGCUCUCGCGACGAGUACUUCGAGCGCUGGCACUGCGAAUGCAACACUAUUUCGGGACGAGUACGACAAGAGCGGUGACGCUGUACGUAACGGCAUAGUUGAGAAUAUAGGAACAUACUUCACGCAGCAAAACGUCGUGCGAACUGUCGCUACGAAAAUGGGAUUGCUGUUAAAAACUCAAACACUAACAAUGGCAUCCAAGCCUCCGCCUGAUCAGCAAGUUCUCCGGCAGGCAGUUGCUGAGGCUUUUGACGUUAACUAUCUUAAAUCAGCACCACGCAAUGAUGAAUACGUGGUAGAACUCAAAACCAAAAAAAGAACCAAAUUAUUGACUGCUGCAAUGUGGUGGGAUUACCAUGUCAAGAAUGAUAAAACUCGGAUUGAGUUCUGGACGAAGGUUGCAGCCAAGGCUGAUGAUGUCUAUAACAACAAUCUCAAAGAUUAUUUAGACAGUAAUUCAUGUUUAAACCCAGAACAACUAUCUAUUUUUGAUGCAGUAAUUAUGGCUGUUGAAAAUCAACAACUGCUGUAUUUUUGUGGAUGGCCCUGGAGGUUCAGAGAUUUAAUGAAAGCAGUAGAUCCUGACUUGCAAAACCAGCCAUUUGGUGGAAAA